AUGGCCAAUAAGCAGCUAGGAACUGCAGGAAUUCAGAAUGCAAAUCCACCUUUAAUACCUGCUUUUGGGAUUCAGAUGCCUGCAGGACAUUUGUCAAGUUCUGGCCUUCCUCAACCUUAUGUUCCUCCUGGACUAGAUGGAUCUGCUGGUUUUCAUGCAUCACCGAUUUAUACAUCUUCACCUCUAGCCAACUUCCAUGUUAAUCCAGGAGUUAUACCAACACCUACUGGAGUUUCAUCACAAAUAAAUCUUAGUGGUGGAGUUGGAUCUUUACAUGAUUCACCAGGGCAGGAUAAGAAGUCUGCUUGGGGAGAACACAAAGCACCAGAUGGCCGUACAUAUUACUAUAAUAGUAUUACAAAAGAAUCAAGUUGGGAAAAACCUGAAGAAUUAAAAACACCUCAAGAGAAAUUACUAUCUCAGUGCCCUUGGAAGGAGUAUAAGUCUGAUGCCGGAAAAAUUUAUUACCACAAUGCAGUAACAAAAGAGAGCCGUUGGACCAAGCCUAAAGAGUUAGAAGAUCUUGAAGUGGUUGCUGCUACGCCACAAAUUCUAUCCAGUUUGCCUGGUAAACCAGAACCAUCUUCAGCAAUUGAACAAGCCAUGCAGGCCACGUUAGCUUCUAUUGAAUUGCCUCCACCUCCAUCAGCUAUACCAGUACAACAGCCAUUGCCAGAUUUACCAGUGGAAAUGAAAAAAGAGCCUGUCCCUGAACCUGAGAAAGAUGAGCCUCAAAAAAAAGAAACAUAUGUUUUCAAAAACAAGAAGGAGGCUAUUGAAGCUUUCAAGUGUUUGCUAAAAGAAAAGGAAGUACCAUCAAAUGCUAGUUGGGAAAGUGCAAUGAAGCUGAUAAUCAAUGACCUUCGAUAUGGUGCCUUAAAGCACCUGAAUGAGAAGAAACAAGCAUUUAAUGAAUACAAGACUCAAAGGGCAAAAGAAGAGAAGGAAGAACAACGGUUGCGAGCAAAGCAAGCAAAAGAAGACUUGGAACAGUUUCUGUUGAACAGUGACAAGAUGAAUUCUUCUAUUAAAUAUUGGAAGGCGGAUACAAUUUUUGGUGAGGAUGAUGCAUGGAAAAAUGUAUCCGAAAGAGAAAGAAGAGACUUGUUUGAUGAUGUUGUGCACCUCAUUGCAAAACGGGAAAAGGAAGAUGCCAAAAUUUUGAGGAAGCGAAAUAUCAAAGUGUUUUCGGAAAUUCUUGACAGCAUGCCAAACCUGACAUACACAACAACAUGGUCUGAGGCACAGCAGAUGUUAUUAGAUAAUCCAAGGUUUACUGAAGACCCAGAUCUCGAAAACAUGGACAAAGAGGAUGCCCUUAUUUGCUUUGAAGAUCAUAUUAGGCUUCUAGAACAAGAGAAUGAUGAUGAAAAAGAGAGAGAAAGACGAAGAUACAAAAGAAAUCAACGAAAAAAUAGAGAAAGUUUCAUAGUCUUAUUAGACGAAUUGCAUAAUCAAGGAAAGCUGAACUCUAUGUCACUCUGGAUGGAUCUCUUUUCAGUUAUCAGCCAAGACAUGAGAUUUGGUCGUAUGUUGGGUCAGCCUGGCUCAACGCCCCUUGACUUGUUUAAAUUCUAUGUAGAAGAUCUGAAAUCCAGAUUUCAUGAUGAAAAAAAGAUCGUUAAGGAGAUAUUGAAGGAUAAAGGAUUCUACAUUGACAUAUCAACCACAUAUGAAAGUUUCAGCAGUACCAUAUUGAGUGAUAAGCGUUCUGCUAAUUUGGAUAGUGGAAACAUUAAACUGACAUAUAACAGU